CCAAGAGCCCGGUUAAAACUGGGGUGGCGGCUCAAGAGGCCCAGACGGGAACCCCCCCGGGAGAGAGCGGACCGAAUCGACGGACGGACAGACCACAGACGGUCAUCAUGAGCCUGCCGCCAGUGUUUGACAAGCCUAAAGUAGAACUUCAUGUCCAUCUGGAUGGAGCCAUCAAGCCUGAGACCAUCUUGCACUAUGCCGAAAAGAGAGGAAUCCCGCUUCCUGUCAACACAGUGGAGGGACUCCGGGACAUCAUUGGCAUGGACAAGCCCCUAAGCCUCCCCGAGUUCUUGGCCAAGUUUGACUACUACAUGCCGGCCAUUGCGGGUGACCGGGAGGCCAUCAAGCAAAUAGCCUAUGAGUUUGUAGAGAUGAAAGCCAAGGAAGGGGUGGUAUAUGUGGAGGUGCGGUAUAGCCCCCACCUGCUGGCCAACUCCAAGGUGGAGCCCAUUCCAUGGAAUCAGGCUGAGGGCGACCUCACUCCUGAUGAAGUCGUGUUUCUCGUCAGCCAGGGCUUGCAGGAGGGCGAGCGAGACUUUCACGUCAAAGUCAGGUCUAUUCUAUGCUGCAUGCGCCACAUGCCAACUUGGUCCCCCGAGGUGGUGGAACUCUGUAAGAAGUAUCGCCAGCAGACGGUGGUGGCCAUCGACCUGGCCGGAGAUGAGACCAUUGAGGACAGCACCCUCUUCCCUGGGCAUGUCCAAGCCUAUGAGGAGGCUGUGAAAAGUGGCAUUCAUCGGACAGUUCAUGCGGGAGAAGUAGGGCCUGCCAAGGUUGUACAGCAGGCAGUGGAUAUUCUCCAUUCUGAGAGGAUAGGCCAUGGCUACCACACCUUGGAAGACACCACCCUGUAUGAGAAGUUGCUGAAGGAGAACAUGCACUUCGAGGUCUGUCCCUGGUCGAGCUAUCUCACAGGAGCUUGGAAGUCGGGCACAGAGCAUGCGGUCGUACGGUUUAAAAAUGAUAAGGCUAACUACUCACUCAACACAGAUGACCCCCUCAUCUUCAAGUCUACCAUCGACACAGAUUACCGCAUGGUCAAAACACAAAUGGGCUUCACUGAGGAUGAGUUUAUAAGAUUGAAUAUCAAUGCAGCCAAGUCCAGCUUCCUUCCAGACAAUGAAAAGAAGGAACUCCUUGACCAGCUGUACAAGGCCUAUCAGAUACCACAGCCAGUCUCUAAAGCGUCGGAGUGAUGAUGCCUCCAACAGGACAGAACAAGAGAGAAAAACUACUGACCCCAGAAUGCAUCAGGAGCCACCAUGCACUCAGGAACCAGAACAAGCUUCCUUUCCAGUAGGGUGGGGCUUUCAUAAUCUUGUCUAUUUUCUUUCGUGGGACAAUACUGAUUAGCAAAUCAACUCUUUAUCUUGCUGUACACACAGCCAGCUGUGCAUCAAUAUACCUCAAUGCUAAUAUUUGUCUUAUAUAGAUAACUCACCAACCACAAGACUCAGGGCUUUUGUUUAUAUAUCAUUUAAAAAUAAUUUUGCUGAGAUUGACUAACUUGCAGGGGCCUAAUCUGAAGCGCCUCUGAAGAAGUGAUCCCGAGGGUCUGCUGGCUGCUGGGGGGCUGUGGGGGUGGUGGUGGUGCUCAAUCAAUAAACUAAUC